AUGGCGGAGAAGAAAGUCGACCCAGCGACCGGCGAGGCGUACACGCUGAAGGAGCUCAUGGCUCACUACAAGGGGACUUACAAGAAGAAGGAGUUGGAGGAGUACUUCGACAACCAUUGCAGGCCCGUGAAAGUUCGACAGAGUAAGGCAAAGGCCAAGCCAACCAAGGACGCGAAGCCUGAGCCCAAGGCGAAGGCCAAGGCGAAGGCGACGGCAAAAGCAAAGUCCGCCCCAGCAAAGCCCAAGGAGGCCCCCAAGGAGGAGGCCGAGCCCAAGGGGUUGCGUACCGGCAAGGACGGGGGCGCCUCGGCCCUGGCGAAGCUCCGGAGCUUCAGUCGCUGUGUGCUCGCCGAGUACGUGUGGCUGGAUGCCGAUGGCGUCACCCGCUCGAAGACCAUGACCAUGACCGCCCGACCUAUCAAAGUCACAGACCUGAAGGUCUGGAACUACGAUGGAAGUAGCACCGGACAGGCGGAUGGGCACAACUCGGAGGUGCUUCUGAAGCCCCGUGCCAUCUUCAACGACCCUUUCCGCGGCUACCCCCAUGUCAUGGUGCUUGCCGAUGCUUGGCAGGCCUGGGACGACCAGCCCGCCAAGAACAACACCCGCGCGACCUGUGCGGAGACCAUGCAGAUGUACAAGUCGCUGGAUCCCUGGUUCGGCAUCGAGCAGGAGUACACCUUGAUGAAGCCCGGCCGUGUAGGUGAAAAGGCGAAGACGCCCCUGGGCUUCAACAAGGACGACUCCGAGCCGGCACCCCAGGGCCCCUACUACACAGGUGCGGGUUACAACGUGGCCAUCGGCCGGCCUGUGGCGGAUGAGCACUACAAGAUGUGCAUGGAGGCCGGCGUCAAGAUCUCGGGCAUCAAUGCUGAGGUCAUGCCGGGACAGUGGGAGUUCCAGGUUGGCCCUUGCCGUGGCAUCGAGAUGGGUGACCACCUGACCAUGGCUCGCUACAUCAUGCUCCGGGUCACCGAGAAGCACGACUGCGUCUGCUCCUUCGACCCGAAGCCGAAGGAGGGUGACUGGAACGGCGCCGGCUGCCACACGAACUUCUCAGUGACGCCUAUGAGGAUCCUCCCUGGUGGCUACGACACCAUCAUCAAGGUGUGCGAGGCUUUCGGCAAGGUCGCCAAGGAGCACAUUGCCGAGUAUGGUGAGGGCAAUGACAAGCGCCUCACUGGAAAGCACGAGACCUGCGACAUCAACACCUUCAAGUACGGGGUGGCCAACCGCGGUGCUUCCAUCCGCAUCCCCCGCGAUGCCGAGAAGGCUGGCCGUGGUUACAUGGAGGACCGCCGCCCUGCUGCCAACUGCGACCCCUACCGGGUGACCAACAUCAUCAUGAAGACCACUGGGGAGUGCCUGAACGCUGAGAUCGUGGAGGCCGGCGCGAAGAUGCACACGGCCUUCGUGUUCAUCAAGCCCCAUGCUGUGACCGACAAGGUGAAGACUCUGGUGAAGGACAAGCUCACGGAAGGCGGCCUGACCAUCAAGAGCGAGGGCGCGAUCAAGGCCGAAGUUAUCGACAAGAAGAAGCUCAUCGACAUCCACUACGGCGCCAUCGCCGCCAAG